AUGGCCAGCAUAUCGGUUAACGUAGAGGCCGCCGAGUACAAGUGCCCGAGGAAGAAUUGCAGGUCGAAGUUCUCCAGGAAAGAGGACCUCGAACUCCACUCCCGCGUCGGGCACUCGCAUAUAUGUCUCUGGGGAAACAAUGGACCAUGCGACAGUGCGGGAUUCGCGACGAGAGAGGAGCUCAAUUGGCACGUCAAGCGCGAGCACUUGCUGCUGUGUCCCGUCCCGGGUUGUACCGAGGGUACCUUCACGAACAAGGACUUUCUUGAUUGCCAUUUGAAAAUUAGUCACAGCAGCGCGGCAGUUAGUGAGAAUACCUCUACUCAGCCGAUUAAUCUUCUCGGAACAGCGGCUGGCGCUUCGGGAGAAUCACCAACGAGCAGCCAGAUGCAAGACUCUACCGCGACACCCAAGAAAGUUGAGGAUAAGACGCUCAGAAUGGAGAUGUCUAUUGGGACCUCGAAGAAACGCUAUCGAGAACAGCUCAGAACGGUGCUUGAGAAGAGGAUGAAACGGAGCAAUGGUGGCACGCCAAAAGCCGGUGAAAGUCCGGGAUCCGCUGGAAGGCGUGCGUCUAAGCCCUUGGAGUCGGCAAGUUUUCCAAUUAUCUGGGAGCACAGCAUCCUCCCGUUCCUCGUCGAGCUCAUGCCGGAGUGGUGCGGUCCUGGCCACGUAAUCAGCGUGAUGCGCGGCCGGAAGCCCAAUUCUCGGCGAGUUUGCAUCAUGACGAGACGACCCGUCUCGCGAGCCCGCAAAGUGGUCAUCGCUUCGCACGUGCUGGACCUGCUCCCGGAAAGCUACCGCAACUUGAUUACCUUCGUCUUCUCCGUCGGGAAAGUAGACCGGCUUGUGUGGUCUCGGGGUCUCAGCAAGGAGAUGCCUGACGAGAUCUGUGUUCCGCGAAAUCCGUUUUGUUAUAUAAGUCCGUGCAUGGGCGACAGCAUUGGAUCGACAUCUGAGAACGGCGAAGAAAUCACAGCAACACUAGGACCUUGCGUUACCAUCGAUGGCGGAAGUUUUUGGUUAGUCAAUUUCCACCCGUUUAUCGACGCAGGUAAAGGUCCGGUCUCCGUAGAGCAACCGUCUCCGGCGGACCGUGCAAGGUGUAUAGCCGAGAGGCACGAUAGUCUGACCAACGGCGAUCUCGACUUCUGUAUUGGGAACUUGACGGCAACGUCGGGCUUCGACUUGAAGACAACUCGAAUAUCUCACGAUCCAUAUUGGGAAGAGUGCGAUAUGGACCCUCCACUAGUCGUCACGGACUGGGCGUUAGUAUCUGCAAAAAAUCAGCAAGCCAACAUGUUGAGGAAGUUUCCUACCGCUAAUCAGAGACGAGAAACUCCGGUAACAUCAAUAAGUACGGUUGUACCCGGCGCAACUGUAUGCUCAACGGGACGUAGCUCGGGCUUCCAACGAGGCGAGGUCUGCGAGAUACCUGCAUACCUCGACGGUUGCGAGAAUGGCACCGGUCGGGCAUCUCGCGAGUGGUACAUUGAAGAACCAUCUCCUUACGACAACGAUAACGGCUGGAUUUCCGGUGGCAUAGGGGUCGAAGGCGAUAGUGGAGCCGCCAUCAUUGAUUGCGAGACCAAUUCCGUUGUCGGUCAGCUCUGGGGUCGGAAUAAAUACUACGGCCCAGGCCCAAGAUACACUUACUUCACUCCUAUCUUUGAUAUCUUCGAUGACAUCCAAGAGAAAUGCUGUCAAGAACGUAGGCCUCAGUUGCCACAACACCGGAACGAGGCGGAAAUGUGGUCAGUUUAUCCGGUCUGUAAGCAGUGUUUCGAUAUUCGCGAGGGUAAUAGUCGACGCAGCUCAAACGAAUCGUUAUUGUCAAUGAUCGGUAUGCACGAAGGGAAAGCUGGAGAAAUAGACAACGAUCUUACAUCCGUGUCAGAGUUAGCAACACCCAAAGACCAAUCCCACUUAAUCCGUCACAUAGGACCUGACGUGGCGAGCCCAUCAUUCGGCGGAGUUGUGUCUCCAGCACCAAUUCACUCUUUCUAUAAUAACACAUACGCCCCAUCUCCUGGCAAUUCAGAGUUGAGAAGCCCCUACGCGCAGGCUCUGAAUGACGAGGAUCUAUACGAAAAGCGCCCGAGCACGAAUGAAGUUGCAUUAGGUAAACGUCCAAUCUUACCUACACCAAUGGCGCGAAGCGGGAGCCAGCAGCAAUUCAAGAAGCGAAGGGUAAUGUAG